GCCCUCUCGCGCAUCGUCGUCGUGCCUCCUCCGUCCUCGGUGAGAUGACGAGUAUAAAACCAAAACUCUUCUCCACCAGAAAUCGCGCAUUUCGAUCAAGUUUUCUGCGUGAGUAAGAUCGGGAUCAGAGCAGGAAGAUGGGUAGAACGUGGGCUCUCAUCACCCACCUCCACGCUCUUGCAGGGCCGACUCUUACCCUGAUAUACCCCCUGUAUGCGUCGAUCUGCGCGAUGGAGAGCACGUCCAAGGUCGACGACGAGCAGUGGUUGGCCUACUGGAUACUCUACUCCUUCAUCACCCUUAUGGAAAUGGCGGCCCAGCACGUCCUGUACUGGAUACCGUUGUGGUACGAGGCGAAACUGCUGUUCGUGGCGUGGCUGGUGCUGCCGCAGUUCAAGGGCGCGUCCUUCAUCUACUACAAGUUCGUCAGGGAGCAGCUAAGGAAGCACGGGGUUAGGCUGCACGAGCACCAUGGGCACGCGCACGGGCCACACGCCCUCAAGGCUGAGCAUGGUGUGCACUGAGCAGCAGGGAGAACAUGCGAUGCCAAUUUGCCAAGUAACCUCAUCGGCCGGAGCGAUUCCGUACGUCUUGCUAUAGAGGAGGGACCGGUUGUUUCGUGUAUCGUCAUCUGAACUGCGCAGGACGGCCGUGGCUGAUAUGCGCUUGUGUUGUAAGAAGAUUGCGAGAACACUGUGGACAUCGUAUCGGUCUGUACGCAUGCUAAUUCCGAUGGUUCUGAUUGUCCAGCGGGAGGAGUCCUGUUCUUUGUGACGAAUAAAUUUGUUGAACAGCGAUUGUAUUUAUUGGGCAAGCUUCCAAGCAACGCGUUUUCUUAUGCUAGCAUGGUUGCAAUCCAAGCACUCCGGCUUAACCAAAAUUUUGGUCAUACCCAGAUUUUGGUAUCAAGAAAAAGUUAAAA